AUGUCUGUGGAACUGGUAAAGAAUCGGCUUCGUACGCUGUCGGAACAGGUAGCUAAAGUGACGGACGAGAAGGAAGUUUUAAAAGCAGAAUUAGAAGAGGAAAAACGGAAAAGAGAAGUAUGCGAAUCUGAGAUCCAGGGCUUGAACCGACGAAUUCAACUUCUGGAGGAGGAUCUGGAGCGAUCAGAGGAGAGAUUGACCAGUGCUCAGUCCAAACUUGAAGAUGCCUCCAAGGCUGCAGAUGAGAGCGAGAGAGCCAAGAAAGCACUAGAAAACAGAUCCCUGAGUGAUGACGAAAGAAUAUGCUAUCUUGAAGAUUUGAUGAGACAAUACAAUCAGACGGCAAAUGAGGCUGAAAGGAAAUAUGAAGAGGUAUGUCCCUUUUCCUUUUCUUCCUUCUUUCUUUCUCUCUCUAUCUCUUGUUAUACCCUUAUCUUUGUCCAUACCUCCACUUCUUGCAUCCGGGUAAUACCGCUCUCCAUUGCGACCUCCCCAAGCCCGCGAACCGCUUUAAGAUUUAACUCUCUCUCUCUCUUCCCUCAAUAUCUGUUCUGCACCACUAGAGGGCGCAAAGUAUUGGAAAACAGAAGCCAGGGAGAUGAAGAACGUAUCGACUUGCUGGAGAAACAAUUAGAGGAGGCCAAGUGGAUUGCUGAAGAUGCAGAUCGGAAAUUUGAUGAGGCUGCCCGUAAACUGGCCAUAACAGAGGUAGAUCUUGAACGCGCAGAAGCCCGUUUAGAGGCUGCUGAGGCGAAGAUCGUAGAGUUGGAGGAAGAGUUGAAAGUUGUGGGCAACAAUAUGAAAUCACUGGAGAUCAGUGAGCAAGAGGCCUCCCAGAGAGAGGACAGCUAUGAAGAGACUAUUCGGGAUCUGACACAUAGGCUAAAGGAGGCUGAGAACCGUGCCGCUGAGGCCGAGAGAACUGUAUCGAAGUUGCAGAAAGAGGUUGACAGAUUGGAAGAUGAACUGCUUGCUGAGAAGGAGAGAUACAAAUCUAUCAGUGAUGAGUUGGACCAGACAUUUGCUGAACUGGCUGGGUAUUAA